UUGGAAGUCAUUCAGCAUAAGGGCAGUCUGAUUAUUGAAUAGAAAUAGUAGCUGGGCUCUGCUUAGUGCAAUAGUUUGAAAUACAUGUUUGCAUCAUUGCAGUUUUCAGAUUUCAUUCUAAUUGUUCUGAAAACUGCUUCAGAAAGAAAAUGGCUUGGAUUGGACUUGUUUUAUUAUUAUUGAUAUUUAUUCUUACAGUUUUAUUCCUUUUCAAAAUGGGUAGUUCCCAGAGUAACAGCUCCCAAAACCUUCCACCUGGACCCAGGACCAUACCCAUUUUGGGAAAUCUGCACAUAAUGGAUUUCAAGAGGCCUUAUAAGACAAUGAUAAAGUUGGCAAAAGAAUAUGGUCCUAUUUUCCAUCUUCAAAUGGGAGGCCAGGAAAUGGUGGUGCUGACUGGCUAUGAGACGGUCAAAGAGGCAUUGGUGAAACACGCAGAGGCAUUUUCAGGGAGACCUAUUGUCCCCAUUUUUGAGGAUUAUACAAAGGGGUUUGGUAUUGUUAUGGCUCAUGGUGAGAACUGGAGGCAGAUGCGGCAGUUUUCAUUAUCUGCAUUACGGGCUUAUGGAAUGGGCAAGAGGAUUGUUGAAGACAAAAUCAGUGAAGAGUGCAGUGUCUUGAUAAAAACAUAUGAGACUUAUGAAGGAAAGCCAUUUGAGCCAGCAACAAUUCUGAAAGCUGCAGCUGCCAAUAUCAUAGUUUCUUUUUUACUUGGCAAGAGGUUUGAAUAUGAAGAUGCUACACUUCUAAGACUACUGGAGUUAAUUGAAGAAAAUAUACACCUUGUAGUAACCCCUGCUGUGUUGGUAUAUAAUAUGUUUCCCAUGUUGGGAUUCCUUUUGGGUGCUCAUAAAAAAAUCUUGAAUAACAAAAAAGAGUACCAUGAAUUCAUACAGGCCACAUUCCUUGAAAAUAUCAAAGAGUUUGAUGAAAAUAUUCAGAGGACUUUUAUUGAUGCAUUUCUUGUUCAGCAGGAAAAGGAGAAUAAGAAGUCAAUAGAUAGCUAUUUCCAUAAUGAUAACCUUAUAGGUCUUGUGGAUAACCUAUUUAUUGCUGGCAUGGAUACAACUUCAAACACUUUGUGCUGGGCAAUACUCCUAAUGAUGAAGUAUCCAGAAGUUCAGAAGAAAGUCCAAGAAGAAAUUGCCAAAGAGAUUGGGGUUCGUCAGCCAAGAACAGAAGACCGAGUCAAAAUGUCUUAUACCAAUGCUGUAAUUCAUGAAAUUCAAAGGUUUGCUGAUAUUGUUCCAACCAAUUUCCCCCAUGCAACCACCAAGGAUAUAACUUUCAAAGGUUUCUUCAUUCCCAAGGGAAUGCAUAUUGUUCCAUUGCUGUCAUCGGUGCUCCAUGAUGAAUCCCAGUGGGAGAAACCUCAUGAAUUCUAUCCUGAGCAUUUUCUUGACUCAGAAGGAAAAUUUGUGAAGAAAGAUGCAUUCAUGCCAUUUUCUGCAGGUUACAGAGUAUGUGCUGGUGAGAACCUUGCCAAAAUGGAGCUCUUCCUCUUCUUUACCAACCUCCUCCAGAGAUUUACCUUCCAGCCACCUUCAGGAACAUCUAAAGAUGAUCUGGACCUGACUCCUGCUCUUGGAUUUAUCACCCCUCCCAUGCCUUACAAGACCUGCGCUGUGUUAUCUUGAUCUGACAGAAGAAGAAGAAAAACUCAUAAUAAGCUGUUUCUCACCUUUAAAAUGCCUUUAUUUUGACAGAGGGACAAAAUCUGACAACCUGAUUCCAUAUUGCAUUAUAUUAAUUAUAAUUAUUUUGUUUGAAUUCCACCUUUAUUGUUUUAACAAAUAACUCAAGAAAGUGAACAUAUCUAAUACACUAUCCUAGCCCUUAUUUUCCCCAAGUUCUUUGGGCUAAGAAGAGAGACUGGGCCAAAGUCACCCCCGCUAGAACUCACAGUUUCCUGGUGAUUAGCCCAAAGUCAACCAACUAGAUUU